AUGUCUCUCCUGUCUUUGACCAACCCUCCCGGCUGGAGCGUGUGCUCCGCUCUCUGUAUCCUCAUCGCGUUGCUCCCGGAGGCCAAAGCAGACGACCUGAACACGACCACUCAGCGUAAUGGCGGCGGAUCCCAGUGUGGGGAGUACACUAACCAGGUGAUGGAGGAUGGGAUGUGUCGGCUGGUGGCCACACUACCUCAGCUGGAGGAGCGGAAAUGCCCGGAUAUGUUUCGCUGCACGGACGAGGUUUCCUACUGGCUGCAGGAGAACGAGGAGAGGAAGCAGCAGAUCGUGGCGCUGAAGGAGACCAUCUCUGAGCUGCAGGAGGAGCUGAGAAACCACCGGCACCGCAUCAAUGUCCUCGAGCUGCAGAGUGAAGAGAGGAACCCCUCAAAUACCUCCUUGGAAAGGCGCUUUCAUGAGUUGGAGCAUCACUACACUGAAGCCACCACCCUGCUGCACCUUCAGGGCACCCUGAUCCUGGACCUCCAGAACCACCUCCAUAAUCUCACUCUUUUGGUGGAUAAAGUAAAAAGAAGCCCCGGGUGCUUGAGCAACAUCCUCCAUCCCAACCCGUUGAUGAGCGCUCAAGAAGCUCGGCACUCAGAGCAUGUGAGGAACUGUCCCAUAGACUGCGCUUCCAUCUACUACAAUGGAGUGAGGAGAUCAGGUCUCUACACAGUGGUGCCGUCACUGGCCGGUGUGCCCGUGGAGGUCUAUUGUGAUAUGGACACAGACGGUGGUGGCUGGACUGUGAUCCAGCGGCGUGCUGAUGGCUCGCUGAGCUUCGACCGCAGCUGGAGGGACUACAGUGACGGUUUUGGCGACCUGCACUCUGAGUUCUGGCUGGGCAACAAUCACAUACAUGAACUGAGCACCCAGGGGGACUACAGCCUCCGCAUCGACCUGGAGGACUGGAGCAACAUGCACAAGCAUGCCCUCUACCAGAGCUUCAGUGUGGAAGAUGAGGAGCAUCAGUACCGUCUCCAUGUGUCAGGCUUCAGUGGGACAGUGCAGGACUCUUUCAGCUGGUACCACGACAAGCAGGGCUUCAGCACCCCAGACAGCGGCAACAUCUGCGCUGAGAUCUCCCACGGCGGAUGGUGGUACAAUCAGUGCUUCUACACCAACCUUAACGGCGUCUACUACAGGGGAGGCCAUUACACCCCUAAAGGCCGGGGGCCGCUGGGUCCCGAUGGGAUCGUUUGGUACUCCUGGAGAGACUCUGACUAUUACUCCCUACGCAAAGUCAGCAUGAUGAUCCGACCACGCUCUUUCCGAACCCGUUUGUCACCGUGA